AUGCUUUGGACUGGCUUAUGGUGCCUUAUGGCACGGUUUGGGCCUCUUGGAGAUUAUCCUGCAUUCUCUACUUCCAUUGUUACCUGGCCAACUUUUGCUCAAAUUGUGUCGGUUGGAGGCCGGUCUUUGAUUGAUUUUUUGAUGGCCUUAUUUGGAACCUGUACUUAUGAACUAAUGGUGGGCAUAUAUCAACAUCACACGACAGUAUGCAAUACAACGCGACCUUUACUUUCAAAUGUUGAUAAUGAAGAAGAAGAAGAAGCAGGACAAACCGCUAACGCAACAGCACUAAGAGCUGUAGAAAUAAAGCAUUGGCUAUUGCCCAUAAUGAUCUAUUGUUUCAUCUUGAGCUGUGUUCUUACUUAUGGCGGUAUUUCUAUUAAUAUACGUAAGGGGUCUUUCUUUCAAGUAAACUAUCCUCAAUAUGUGCCAAAAACAGUGCCUGUCGGAUGUGUUGUUGGACCUGGCACCGAUUACCCCAAACUGCAGCUGCAGCAGGAUAUUUGGUUCAAAAAAUCAGCCAGUCUAGCCGAGUCUGGAGCUAAAUUGAUCGUUUGGUCCGAGUUAACGACAUCAGUAACUGACACUGAGGAAGAAGUUAAACUUAUUCAAAAAGCCAAAGAAUUUGCAAAACAGCAUCAAGUAUACUUAGGUAUUACAUAUGCCAAAGAACAACCAGUUGGCCAAAACAAAUUAGUCUUGAUUACUAAGGAAGGUAUCAUUGGCAUCGAUUAUAAUAAAGCUCACCCAGUACCCGGUGUCGAAUCACAACCAGCAGGCCUUGAAGUAUUACAAUAUGUAGAUACUCAAGAGUUUGGCCGAAUUGGUGGAGGCAUUUGUUUCGAUUACAACUUUCCUCACUUUAUCUCUCAAGCCAGUACUCACCAUGUGGACGUUAUGAUACAGCCUAGUUGGACAUGGGGUCCAAUUGGGACGUAUCACCAACAAGGAAAUAUUCUUAGAGCAGUUGAGAAUGGGUUCACUCUUUUCCGCUGCGUGUCUCAAGGUGUAUCUGGUAUUUUUGAACCCACCUUAGAUGGAAUAUUUACCCAAAAGGUGGCUUCGUUGAAUGUACAAAAGUACCUGUUUUAUCUGCCUGUACAGACAAGAGUACCCACUAUGUACGGGUUAUUUGGCGACACAUUCGGUUAUCUUUGUCUAAUAAUGAGCGUUUCCACUUUAGUCUACGUACUAACACUUAAACGUAAGAAAAAUAAAAUAAUCGCAGGAAUAGUGUUUGAGAGUGACUAA